CUAUUCCAGCAGUAGAGAAUCGCUGAGCAGCAGCAGCAGCAGCAGCAGUGUCACUCAGCACGCCAACGACUCGCAUGAAAGUGAGGACCUCUGUUUCUCUUUUUCUUUCUCUUUCUUUUCAUGUUUUUAUUUUGCAUCGCUUCCUCCCCCUCGUCCUCCUCCUCUUCUUCCCAUUCACUCUUUUUUUUCUCUUUCCCUCAUUUCUUCUCUACUUUUCAGUCUUUUUUUCUGCCACAUUGAUCUUUUUCAGAGUGCAGCAGUAUGAGGGUACUGUGCAUUCCAAAUACUGUAGGUUUUCUGUGCUUGCUCCAACUAGCAUGUAGCCAUAUGCUUUUCUUUUUUUCUUUCUUUAUUUUGCAUCUCACUGGAAAUAAGUGGGUCAGUCUUAUAGCUUUAAUACAGCAUGUUAACCUCUGGGCUCAGAUGUGCUUAUGAAUGGGUAUUUUAGCACGCAUUACUUUAAAAAAAAUCCUAACUUAAGUCAUGCAAAUUUUUCUCGCAGUGGCAGAUGUGUUGCGGCAUGAAUGCUGAGAUGAAGCAUGUGUAUUUCAGGGUACAAUAUUAUUAAAUAUUGUCCAUAGCUGUUAGUGCUGUGGGGAUUUGAGACAUGCAUGUUUAAUAUUUUAUUUUGAGAGACAGCUAAUUUGUUAAAAAAAAUAUUUUGAAGCUGGAGAGGAUCUUCUGAAACCCCAGAGACAGCUUUUGAUUUCUCUUUGGCUGAUUCUUUCAUUGGAUUUCUAUUCCUUUUAUUAUUUUUAUACUUUCUGUUAUUUUCUCACUGACACUCUGUCUGUGGUGACCGCACUGGAGGUACCAAAAAAAUGGGGAUCAAAAUGUCAGUCAUUUAACCAAGAUGGACUUAUCGGAUGUACUGACUCCUGUAAUGGCCACGAUGCCAGCCACUUUAUCACCAAACUCUUCUCUGGAGAACCAGACGUCCUCUUCCUCACCGAGAUCUCCUUCUCUACCUCCUCACUCGCAUGUUGCGUCAGUGUUCAUCGUGUUGGUGGUCACAGUCAUCAUCCUGGGGACUGUGGUUGGUAAUGUGCUGGUCGUGGUGGCAGUGUUCACCAGCAGAGCCCUGAGGGCGCCUCAAAACCUCUUCCUGGUCUCUCUGGCUUCAGCGGACAUACUGGUGGCGACACUGGUCAUCCCUUUCUCCUUGGCUAAUGAGGUCAUGGGGUACUGGUACUUUGGUUCCACCUGGUGCUCCUUCUACCUGGCUCUUGACGUCCUCUUUUGCACUUCCUCCAUCGUCCACCUCUGCGCCAUCAGCCUGGAUCGCUACUGGUCCGUCACUAAAGCCGUCAGCUACAACCGUAAACGGACUCCUAAACGGAUUAAGGCUAUGAUCAGCAUCGUGUGGCUCAUUUCCAUUGUCAUCUCCUCUCCUCCGCUCCUCAUGACGCAGAAAGAGGAGGAUUUGGAGACGGAGGAGGAGAGCAACACACGGAGGCAGGAGUGUCUUCUCAACAACCAGACGUGGUACAUCCUCUCCUCCUGCCUCGUGUCCUUCUUCGUCCCGGGGGUCAUCAUGAUACUCGUUUACUGUAAGAUCUACCGUGUUGCCAAACAGCGAGCCUCCACCGUGUUUGUGGCGAAGAACGUGGUGGAGAGGCAGCCAUCACAGUCUGAGACCUGCUUUGUGGGCACAGCCAGGACUUGCCAAAGAAAGGGAGCCAGCUGCGGCGAAUCCCAGUAUGAGCUGGACAGCCCGCGGCCUGCAUACCGACACAGCUCUUCCAACAUAGACAGCAACAGCAGCAGUCAAAGGAGAGGAGAGCUGGAUGAUAUUGACUUGGAGGAGAGGAGCUGCGAAGCUGAUAUAAAAACAUCCUCCUCCUUUUCCUCGGCUCUUCGCUUCCCCAGGAGAGCCGCAGGAAGUGUAAAAACAGAGGAGGGGAAGGACGCAGAGGGAACCACAAACAGGUUGAAGCCUCCUCCUCCUCCUCCUUCCUGCGCCUCCAUAUCAUGGGCAUCAUCCGACCACUGCUCCCACCACUUCCUCCUCCCCUCUCCAGUGCCUGUCCGCAGCAGACAGAUGUCCAUGUCCAGAAACAAAGUGGCGCAAAUGAGGGAGAAGCGCUUUACAUUUGUUUUGGCUGUGGUGAUGGGGGUUUUUGUCCUCUGCUGGUUCCCAUUUUUCUUCACUUACAGUCUCCACGCUGUCUGCAGAGAGAACUGCACGAUCCCUGAUACACUCUUUAACCUGUUUUUCUGGAUCGGAUACUGCAACAGCUGCCUGAACCCCAUCAUAUACACCAUCUUCAACCGAGACUUCAGGAGGGCCUUCAAGAAGAUUUUAUUUGAGACUCAUAAACGAACAUAAGAUGUGAAUGUCUGUGUGUGUGUGUGUGUGUGUGUGUGUGUGCACACAGUUUUAAUCCUGUUUUCCACUGUGCUGUCAUACCGACAUUAAA